GCCCCUUAUACAUCACUCGGCACUUACAGAGAUUUGUUUUAUCCCCAAUCUGGGUAUACAAGUACACACGCAUCAGUAUUCCAUUAACCAUUCGGAAAUAUGUCGUCGACCUUGACAGAGACGGUGGCUGAUUCGGCCUCAUCUCAUGGCCUUUUCGCUCAAGAUGACAUCUCUUUGACUCAACGCAGCAGGCAUGCGACAUCAAAAGCAGAAGAAGAAGCAGCAACACCGCCCGCAGAACCCUCCGUGACCAAACGUUCGAAUCGGUAUGCUUCUUGAUAGUCAGCUUGUCUAUGCGGUUUCGACAAACCAUCAUCAUCACUAUCGCCUCGUUCACGAUUGUCUUCACGUGCUGUGGGAUCAAUUUUGCCUUUGGUAUCUUCCAGGCAGUUUUCGAGACCCUUUCGCAACAGCCUGACACCCCCUUUACCGGAGCGUCGCCUGCCGACAUUGACCUGAUUGGCACCCUGUCCAUAUCUCUUAUGACUAUCGGAGCUCCUUUUGUCGUUGCGUGGUCCAAACGCUUCUCGCCCAAGUUGAUCUCGCUCAUCGGCUCAACCAUAUUCUCCGCCGCGCUUAUUCUGGCAAGUUUUGGGAAAUCCCUGUGGCAUUUCGAAGUCACUCAAGGAGUUUUAUUGGGCCUCGGAACUUGUAUGAGCUAUAUGGUGGCUGUGACAAUCGCCCCGACUUGGUUCACUACGCGUCGCGGCCUUGGACUUGGGAUAAUCACCUCCGGCACUGGUAUUGGGGGUCUCGUAUGGGCACCAGCCCUGAAAGCGGCUGUUGAUAGCAUGGGUUAUCGAAAUGCUAUGCGUCUUGCUGGAGGCAUCGCCUUUGGACUCAAUGUCCUAGCCAGCGCCGCCAUGGCAUGGGAGCCUGAGGCAAAGGCUCGAAUCGACGUGGAGAAUGCUGCGAGGACUAGCCGUAUGGAUGGAAUUCUCAAGGUUCCCAUCGUCGAUUGGCGUAUCGCACGCACACGCAAGUUUGCGGCACAAGCACUGGCCUCCAUCUUCCAAUCUGCAGUUUACUAUCUCCCACUCUUCUUCUUUGCCACCUAUGCCAGGACUUUGGGAUACAGCGACACAGCCGGUGCCAAUUUUAUCGCCCUUUCAAAUGCCUGUAACGCAAUUGGCAAGAUAGCGAUUGGUUAUGCUGCCGAUCAUAUGGGAAGAUUGAAUGCCUUGGUGAUUACGACCAUCAUCAGCGCCAUAGCAACUAUCAGCUUCUGGCUGCCUUCGACCUUGUCCGAAGAUAAAGCUACUUCACAGGGCCUGUUCAUUUCAUUCACUAUCCUUUACGGAAUUUUCGCAAGCGCCUACGUCGCCCUGUUUCCUGCGAGCCUGGUGGAGUUAUUUGGAGUCCAUAACUUUGCCUCAGUCAACGGCGUGCUAUAUAUGGUAAGGGGCAUGGCAUCCCUUGUUGGCACUCCCGUCGGCGGUGUCUUGAUCCGCAGCCAUUCCACGGGCAGUCCAGCGAGGUCAUAUGAAGGCAUGACGGUGCUUACCAGUGUCCUCCUUUUUGCCGCAUCAAUUUCGGUCAUAUGGGUGAGAAUGGAAGCCAUGAUAGGAGUGGAUGGGAAGCUUGUUAAGAAGUGGAAGAUGUAAGAAGCAAUCACGAUGCGAGAUCAUGCGUGACUCGCAUUUUCCGGUUGCUCCGGAAUCCCCAAACCGAACCACGUGGUGGCAAUUCAAUGGCUGUUGAUCCCACGGACAAGACAAGUGGAUAUUUGUGGGAUGUUGUGGGCUUCAUCAGCUAUGAGACCCGAUAAAAAGAUGUCAAAGAGAUUCAGGCAAGAUAGAUUGGUGCAAAUUGUACGAAGAUUGUUUGAAGAGAUGUAGAUGAAGUCAGGAUGGGGGCGCGAAGUGGAACUGCCUUGGGCCGAGGUUGGUUAUCACAACCUCCACCAAGGAGAUUGUGUACAUCAUUUCCAACGAUGCUUAUGGCAGUUAAU